AUGACCUCCAUCACCGAAGAGAAACGUAAUCGACCUCGUGAGUCCGUCAAGUUACUCUACGAUCAUGAAAUUACCAACGCUCCCGGCAUGUCCAUUGUUGGUCUGGAAGUUCACUAUGGGCCCAACGGCUGGACACCUCCUCACACCCACUCUGGAGCUACUGUUGUUGCAACAGUCACAAAAGGUCGUCUUCUGAGCGGGAUGAAUGGAAAUCCCCCCAAGGUGUACGGCGUCGGGGAGAGCUUCAGAGAGUUUCCUGGAUGCCAUCACACUGUCAGUGACAAUGCCAGUGACACAGAAGACUGUACUUUUGUUGCGGUUGUUAUUAUUGAGACAGAGGUUUUGAAGAAAGGGUAUCAAAUUUUGACUGUUCUUGAUGCUGGAUGGGAAUAG